GUAAAGGGCAUCCUCCAGAUUGGAGAGCGCCUUCUUUGAGCAAUGGCCGCGUCUGGGGAUCCCGGGAGGCAGUGGCAGGAGGAGGUGGCAGCGGUGAUGGUGGUGGGCUCCUGCAUGACCGACCUGGUCAGCCUUACUUCUCGUUUGCCAAAAACCGGAGAAACCAUCCACGGACAUAAGUUCUUUAUUGGCUUUGGAGGGAAAGGUGCCAACCAGUGUGUUCAGGCGGCCAGGCUUGGAGCAAAGACAUCCAUGGUGUGCAAGGUUGGCAAAGAUUCUUUUGGCAAUGAUUAUAUAGAAAACUUAAAGCAGAAUGGUAUUUCUACAGAAUUUACGUAUCAGACUGAAGAUGCUGCUACAGGAACUGCUUCAAUAAUUGUCAAUAAAGAAGGCCAGAAUAUCAUCGUGAUAGUGGCUGGAGCAAAUUUACUGUUGAAUUCUGAAGACCUGAGGGAAGCGGCCAGCGCCAUCCGCAGAGCCAAGGUGGUGGUCUGCCAGCUGGAAGUAACUCCAGCAACGUCUCUGGAAGCCCUAGCGAUAGCCCACGGCAGUGGAGUGAAAACAUUGUUCAACCCAGCUCCUGCCACCGCUGACCUGGACCCCCGGUUCUACACCCUCUCAGAUGUGUUCUGCUGCAACGAAAGCGAGGCUGAGAUUCUAACCGGCUUCACGGUCAGCAGCCCGGGGGAUGCUGGGAAGGCUGCGCAGGUGCUUGUGGAAAGAGGCUGCCGGCUCGUAAUUGUCACCUUAGGUGCUGAAGGAUGUGUGAUGCUGUCACAGCAAGAGUCUGUUCCGAAGUACAUUCCCACAGAGAAAGUCAAGGCUGUGGACACCACGGGUGCUGGCGACAGCUUCGUGGGAGCUCUGGCCUUCUACCUGGCAUACCACCCCAGUCUGCCCAUGGAAGAAAUGCUCAAGAGAUCCAACUGCAUCGCAGCAGUCAGCGUCCAGGCUACAGGAACACAGUCAUCCUACCCAUACAAAAAAGACCUGCCACUCAAUUUGUUUUGAUUGCUAUGAAAUCCAAAAUAAACAUACCUGCAAAUAAAA